AUGGCAAUCUCGGUUUCCAUUCCCUUGGACGUCAUCUACGAGAUCGUCCAGAGGCUUGGGGAGGUUGAAGACUACAACACCUUAGCAAGCAUGUCGCUUACCUGCCGAGCCGUUGCACCGCUUUCCCGCGCGCGCCUGUUUUAUUCGAUUCAAUUCCUACCAGGUGCUGACGAGGAUUUCGAGCUUGAGCUUUCCAGGCUGCGGAGGCUCGACGACCUCUUUACUAGCAAUCCCAUGCUCCCGACAUACGUGCGCAUAUUCGAAUUCGGUAACAUCGAGUCAAAGGUGCUAUGGUUCACAGGCGGACCAUUAGCUCGCGUUCUCAACUCGCUCACCCAGUUGAAGAUCUUUCUUAUUACCGGUCCAUACCCGAAUAUGGACUGGGACGAAUUCGACGAGGAAAUGAAGAUGGCUUGCAUUCGUGCAUCCGCCCGUCCGACGCUAGAAAAUCUAGAGGUGGCUGGUAUCAUGAAUUUGCCAACGGCUUUCAUCACUGAGGCAGUACAGAUUGCUUGGUUGUACCUCGUCGACGCUCAGAUGGUCGUUGGUGACCCAGCUCCGUUUGCCCGCUCAGAGCCUCAACCCCGCCGGGAUUUAAAGACUCUGAUUUAUCAAUCAUGCGAUGGGACACCGCGAUUACUUUUGCAGCAAAUUUCUCAGCCGAGCUGUAGAUUUGACCUCUCUACGUUACAACGCUUUGAAAUCAUCUCGGGGAGCGCCGACGAACUCAUGGUAGCCUGGUCCAUAGCCGCCCUGGCAAAGGGAUCCCUUCGCAGAUUGGUGAUUCCUUCGCCAGAGAUAGAUCCAUGCAUUCCCCUUCCUCUGGAUGUAAUCCGUGAGAUCGGCACUUUUUCCGAGUUACGCAACUUGCACAUCGCCGUUGAGUUCGCUGAUUUCUGUCGGCUGUUGAAAAACGUAACGUUUCCCAAACUCGAAAAUGCUGGUAUCACAAUCCACCUCCGAUCCGAAGAAUAUCAGAAGGAAGCUCAUGAAACCCUCGCUAUCGACACUAGGCUUGUGAUGGAGGUCGAUGAUCGUUUAUUAACUGCCAUGCCAUGUCUUCGUACCAUCCAGUUUUAUUUCUGCACAGGUUUUCGCCGUACGCCGGGGCCUGAUGACGAUAUCAAAGGCUUGUUUGAACGAUUUCAACAGCAGCUUCUGGGGCUCUUCCCAACUCUCUACGAAAGCAGGGUUGUCGUCCAAUGUUCACUUUCGAAUGCAUAUGUAGAUUUCUGA